AUGCGUUGCUUGGCAGCUCGGGUCAACUACAAGACUUUGAUUGUCAUCUGCGCACUCUUCACUUUGGUCACAGUACUUUUGUGGAAUAAGUGUUCCAGCGACAGAGCGAUCCAGUUUCCACGGCACUCGAGUAGUGGCUUCAGAGUGGAUGCAUUAGAAAAAAGAGCAGCAGCAUCUGAGAGCAACAACUAUGUGAACCACAUGGCCAAGCACUCUGAGGAGGCAUUCCCUCAGGAACAGCAGAAAGCGCCCCCUGUUGUUGGGGGCUUCAAUAGCAAUGGGGGAAGCAAGGUGUUAGGGCUCAAAUAUGAAGAAAUUGACUGUCUCAUAAAUGAUGAACACACAAUUAAAGGGAGACGAGAGGGGAAUGAAGUGUUUCUUCCAUUCACCUGGGUAGAGAAAUAUUUUGACGUUUACGGAAAGGUGGUUCAGUAUGACGGCUAUGAUCGGUUUGAAUUCUCUCAUAGCUAUUCCAAAGUCUAUGCACAGAGAGCCCCUUAUCACCCUGAUGGUGUAUUUAUGUCCUUUGAAGGCUACAAUGUGGAAGUCCGAGACAGAGUCAAGUGCAUAAGUGGGGUUGAAGGUGUACCUCUAUCUACACAAUGGGGACCUCAAGGCUAUUUCUACCCAAUCCAGAUUGCACAGUAUGGGUUAAGUCAUUACAGCAAGAAUCUAACUGAGAAACCCCCUCACAUAGAGGUAUAUGAAACAGCAGAAGACAGGGACAAAAAUAGCAAGCCCAAUGACUGGACCGUGCCAAAGGGCUGCUUUAUGGCUAGUGUGGCUGAUAAGUCUAGAUUCACCAAUGUUAAACAGUUCACUGCUCCGGAAACCAGUGAUGGUGUAUCCUUGCAACUGGGGAACACAAAAGAUUUUAUUAUCUCAUUUGACCUCAAGUUCUUAACAAAUGGAAGUGUGUCUGUGGUUCUGGAGACCACAGAAAAGAAUCAGCUCUUCACUGUACAUUAUGUCUCAAAUACCCAGCUAAUUGCUUUUAAAGAAAGAGACAUAUACUAUGGCAUUGGGCCCAGAACUUCAUGGAGCACAGUUACCAGGGACCUGGUCACUGACCUCCGGAAAGGAGUGGGUCUUUCCAACACAAAAGCUGUCAAGCCAACCAAAAUAAUGCCCAAGAAAGUAGUUAGGUUGAUUGCAAAAGGGAAAGGCUUCCUUGACAACAUUACUAUCUCUACCACAGCCCACAUGGCCGCAUUCUUUGCUGCCAGUGAUUGGUUGGUGAGGAACCAGGAUGAGAAAGGUGGCUGGCCAAUUAUGGUGACCCGUAAGUUAGGGGAAGGGUUCAAGUCUUUAGAGCCAGGGUGGUACUCUGCCAUGGCCCAAGGGCAAGCCAUUUCUACAUUAGUCAGGGCCUAUCUCUUAACAAAAGACCGUAUAUUCCUCAAUUCAGCUUUAAGGGCAACAGCCCCUUACAAAUUUCUAUCAGAGCAGCAUGGAGUUAAAGCUGUGUUUAUGAAUAAACAUGACUGGUAUGAAGAAUAUCCAACCACACCUAGCUCUUUUGUUUUAAAUGGCUUUAUGUAUUCUUUAAUUGGGCUGUAUGACUUAAAAGAAACUGCAGGGGAAAAACUCGGGAAAGAAGCGAGGUCCUUGUAUGAGCGUGGCAUGGAAUCCCUUAAAGCCAUGCUCCCCUUGUACGACACUGGCUCAGGAACCAUCUAUGACCUCCGGCACUUCAUGCUUGGCAUUGCCCCCAACCUGGCCCGCUGGGACUAUCACACCACCCACAUCAAUCAACUGCAGCUACUCAGCACCAUUGAUGAGUCCCCAGUCUUCAAAGAAUUUGUCAAGAGGUGGAAAAGCUACCUUAAAGGCAGCAGGGCAAAGCACAACUAGAGCUCAGAACCAAAAUCAUAUUUCAGCCUCUGCUGUACACAAAAACUACGGGCUCUCUGUCAGCAGAGCAUAGGCACAUUUUAAAAGGUUGUAUACUAGGUUUUUGUGGAUUACAUCAAAGUGAUAAAUGAUCCUUAAAACCAGUCUUCUGAGAUAAUUGCAUUCCAUGAGUUGGGUGUUUAGAAAUGUAGGUGGCAUUUAGAGCAGAAAAGUGUUUAGUCAGUGGGUGAAUGAAAAUGUUUAACUUGGCCUUGCUUAUCACCCUAUACAGAUAGUUCCACAGAUAGUCCAGUCCUCUCGGUUUGGGAAAGACAAUGGUAAGUAGCUCUUACUGGCCAACUGUCCAGCACUUGCCUGCAAGCUUAGUAUGGGGCUCUUUUAAAAUGUGAUUAUUUAUGUUUAUGUUGAAAGCAGACUUUAAAAAAAUAAUGUGCUGUAAUACAGUAAAUAUGUACUUGUAGCCUGAAUAGUGGACUGUGUGCAACUUUAAAAAUGAUGUUUCUUUUCUAUAUAUUAAUUUCUUGGGAGUGAAUGAGUAUUUGUUGCAUUUGUUCAAUUUGUUAUAUAUGGAGAAUAUUUUGAAUUUAUGGUUUUCUUGAAACGUGUAAAUUAAAAACACAACCAGCGUUCAGGCUUCACAGUUAUAUAAUGUAAGCACAACUAAAAUGAAACUUGUUGACUGCACAAGAAAUUACAGAAAUGUUAUCUGUUUUAUGAAACUUGAUCUACAAUCAGUAAAGGUUUGAUAAUCAUUCUAUCCCUCCUCUACCCCCAUUGUGGUGGUUUCUUUUUGUCACUAUCUAGAAUUUUGUAUUUCAUUUCAGACUAUGCUAGAGAGUUUUUUCUAUUUUGGGGGGGCAUUUGGGCAUUUUUAUUAUAAACCUAAAUUUGGGGAGGAGGUAGUAAUUUUGAUAAGUCCACUACCACUGUCUUUUUAAGAUUUUUUUUUCCCCUUUAAAGAAAAUUACUAGGUCAGAUAUUAUAAGGUUUAUAGCAGGUUUUUUUUUUUCUACUUAGAUCAUUCUUGGUCGACAACUUUGCAGGCUAUUGCCUUUUGUGCAUCAGUGUUUUUCCUUUGCAAUUUUAACUUUAAAUUAUUUCAGCUAUUGGGUAAAAGUGAUGCUACUGCAUUAGCUGUACAUGUGUAAUCAGACCUUUAUUUUGGUUUUUACCUCACAUAAAUAGGUAUCAUAGCCCUCAUACCCUGGGUAGUGUCUGCUAUAAGAUUUCAGGCAGUAGGUCAGAACUGAGGGAGGCUGAUUUUGCUGUCUUUGUUUUAGUGUAUGACAAUACACUAAAUCAAUACAAUAACUUAUACAGAAUGGAAAUAUGAGACCCCAUAUUUUCAGGGGACUGAGUCUGACACACACCGUGCAGUGUGUGUGUGACCUGUAUGAAAUGCACAUCAAGAGCCAGGUGGGCACCUGCCUGCACACUACACCUUGAUUGAACUCGGCCUGCCAACACCACUUGGAAACCAGACAAUACAUACAUACAUGUUUCAGUGGCAAGGGGGGCAGGAACGAAGAUCUACAACUGAAGACAAUAUUAAACUG